AGCCCGUUCAAAUACCAUUUGAAAAGGUUUUGUGCCUUCUCUGAUGUGUACAGAGUUCCAAUGGGGAAAGAGAAGAAGGCCAAAGAGAAGAAGGGCAAAGAAGACAAAGUGGUUGUAGUUGAAUUCAAAGUGUCGAUGCAUUGCAAUGCGUGCGAAAGAACUGUUGCAAAAACCAUCUCCAAAAUCAAAGGGGUGGAGAAGUUUGUGACAGAUAUGACGAGACACAGAGUCGUUGUAACAGGCAAGAUCAAACCAGAAAAGAUCUUGAAGAAACUGAGGAAGAAGACCGGGAAGAGAGUGGAAAUAGUGUCCAACAAAGAAGAUUCGAAAGAUCCAUCGAAGGAAGGAGAUUUGUCGAUCGAUGGGUCACCAAAGGACAUGAUCACAAGAUCAAUGGUGCUUGGUUAUUGCGGGGACGAUUACUUGUAUAUGAUGUUCAGCGACGAGAAUGCAAAUGCUUGUUCAAUUAUGUAGGGGAUCGAAGAGUUGCUUGCAAAUCAAGUUCGUACAUACAUUACUA